AUGGCAAGAACAGAACUCGUGAAUGAUAUGAGACUGGACGCCGAGGUUCACCCCGACGGCACCUCACACCCUACCUUUCAACCCGACUACGCCCAAGGAACCACUGGCAGAUUGCGGCCGAAGGUCGAAGUCUGGAAGAGGGGGAAGAUACUUGGUGCAGGGACAUUCGGGACCGUCUGGAGUGAAAAAUGCGUAUCAAGUGAAGGUCCGGCUAGGGUGCGAGCUGUGAAGAUGAUCAAGUAG